ACUUGUCAAUUUCAAUCCAUCGUUCCAGUCUAAUAUACUCUGUUUUAGAGUCUCACAACCCAUAAAUAGAAACACAAGUCACAAAAGAGGGACAGAUAGAGAUCACCAUCUCUGUUUCUUGUUGAUUUAUUUAACCAAUUUGAUCUCACAUGCAUGAUUACACAAUUGCUCUGUUUCUUCUUGUUCUUGUUUCUUCUAUUACAAGCAACAAUGAUCUUUAAACGCUCUUUCAAAAACUUCGUUGAACAAGAACUCGGAUCUUUCCCUAAAUUCCUCAUCUACACCGUCCUCGAAUGGAUUCUCAUCACCGCCCUCUUCGUCGACGGGGUUCUCGCCUUUCUAUCAAACCAAUACGCCAGAUUCUUCGAUCUCGACGCUCCUUGUCUCCUCUGCACAAGAAUAGACCACGUUCUCGUCCCUAGGGAUCCUCAUUUCUAUUACAACGACUCGAUCUGCGACUCUCACAAGAAGAAAGUCUCUUCCCUUGCUUAUUGCCACGUCCACAAGAAACUCUCCGAGAUCAAACACAUGUGUGAAGGAUGUCUCCUCUCUUUCGCUACCGAGAAAGAAUCUGAUUGUGAUACGUAUAAGUCUCUCAUUGGGAUCUUACAUAAAGAUCUUGAGGUUCUUAUAGAAGAUGAAAGAGAUCUUCCCUUGGGGCUCAAGAAACAGGACGAUCUUGUUCAGACAACAACAACACAUCUGAUAGAUUACAAGACAGAUAGCUUGAAACAACAUUGUUCGUGUUGUGGAGAAUUAUUGAAGACGAAAUCUGAAAAGUUCUUAAAGAAGAACAAUUCUUUCCUAGCUCCUGCUCCUUCUCCUAGGGUUUCGUACAACAAGCUGUCUGAAAUUAAUGAGUCUGAGUUUAAGGACUUUGAUGUGGAGGAGAGAACACCGAGUUUUGUAAGAGGAGGCAACAAGUUCUUUGGGGUUCCUCUGUCUGAUUCAGCGCAAAACAGUCCAAGAUGGUCCGUUAGAUCUCUCAGGAAACCCCCCUCUUUGGAUAAGAUUGAGAUACCUGAUUCAAACGGUGAAUCCAUCCUUAAUCAGCUCAAGAAAGAGGUUCGUUUGGACAAGAAGUCACUGAUAGAUCUGUACAUGGAGUUAGAUGAAGAGAGAAGUGCUUCAGCUGUUGCAGCAAACAACGCAAUGGCUAUGAUCACAAAGCUGCAAGCCGAAAAAUCGGCUAUUCAAAUGGAGGCAUUGCAGUACCAAAGAAUGAUGGAUGAACAAGCUGAGUAUGACCAAGAGGCUUUGCAGUCUAUGAGUAGUGACUUGGCGAAGAAGGAAGAGGAAUUUAAGGAACUUGAAGCUGAGUUUGAGGCUUAUAGAGAGAGGUACGGAUGUUUGACUGAUGAUGAAGCCUCGGGAGAUGAGUUUCUUGAGGAACAAGGUAACGCUAGGGCAGAUGAUGAAGGCGCAGGAGAUGAGUUUCUUGAGGAACACGGUAAUGCUAGAGCAGAUGAUGACUGCCAAGAAACCAAACCAGACUCUGACUUUGAAGAUUGUUCUUCAAAUCAAGAGGAGGAUGUAGAAAACGUUGAUCAAAAUAGGUCUUGUAAAUCCGAAGAAUCUGGACUUUUGGUACAAAUGAAAAGCUCAGAGCAGUCUACUGAAGUGAAUGGUGCAUCUGCAGAGGAAGAGAAAGGAAGUGUAAGCAAAGAAGGGAUAGUAAAAGAGCUUUCGGAGAUCACAGAGAGGCUAAGUGCGCUUCAGUCAGAUGGUGAACUGUUGAAACAUAUUGCAGAUGUUAGUGAAGGAGAAGCAAUGCUAUUGCAAAUAUCUCAGAACUUGCACAUGCUUCGUAGUAGUUUUGUUGCUAUGCCUUCAGAAUCAUGAACUUGUUGUAAUAAUAACAUCAUUUUGUUGUUUCUUGCAUAACAAGAAAGCUUCUAAACCCCAUUGUAUUAACUUGAAAACAUUUCUUUUAUUAUUAUUAUUAGUUACUAAAUAUUUUUAGAGUUUCUCCAUGAACGUAAAUUGGAUUGCAUUAGGGUUGAGGUCUGAUUGGUUGAAACGCAAAUUUGUUUUCUUUUAUUGUCCAUGAAACCAAAAAUUUAGUUACAUUCAGACCUAACUUACUUGGCCUAAAUGAAAACCAAUAGUACUACACCAAUUUGUACCCAAUUCAAUCUUUCAUGUGUCUUCCUCAAACACGUCUUACCUUAUCCAAUCUAGUCAUAGGGUUGAUCCAAGACAACCCAGUUUUCUAAGGCUAUAUAAUCUAACAAUAAGCAUGGUGACUUAUCAUCAACAACAACAUCGUCAUCAUAACUCCAAAGCAAUGGCUAAUAGUCCAAAAAACCUUCUUCUCUCUCUCUCGAGUGUUUUAAUCCUCCUUACACACUGCAUCAUUCACAGGCUCACAGCCUCUUUCCAAUCAUGCAGUCCCAUUACGUGUAUUGCGCUUGUCUGACCCUGUAGAAUAAAUAUUGUAGAGCUUGUUUAUGAUACUGAGUCCACUACUACAUAUAAAUAGAUUCCUUGUGAGACAUAUUAUGGGCUUAUGUCACAUUUGACACACAUACACUUACAUUCGAAUUAUUGAAAGGGAAAUUGCACCCUAUAUACAUGAAAAAAACUUAAAUACACUAACUAACCAAAAUCUUCACCUCUCUCCUACUUUUUCUUCCUAUCUCUUUCU